AUGGAGCAACUGGGUCUGAUCGGGACGAUCCGGGACGAGGAUCAGAGUCCCGAGGAGCCCGACACCGAGUCGAGCAGGAGUGCACCGAUUGCUGAACAUCUGCAGCAUGUUCCUGCAGAACGAUCUGAGCCUCCUGAGAACGUCCAGCUGGCUCUGACCCUUCUGAUGGACAGUGUCUGUGUUUCUGGUCCAUGUGGACACCCAGGAGCAGCCCACGUCCUGAACAGGAAGAAGAAGUCCGGCGGGUCGAGAGACUUUAACUGUGUUGACUUUGGAGAGAGAGAGGGAGGGACGGACGAGGACUGGAUGGAGGACGUCCUGAAGCAGCUCAAGAAGAAGAGAACCAUCACGACCCUGGACCAGAAGAUCGAGAAGAUCAGGAAGAAGAGGAAGGCUGAGGAGAAGUCAGCCGCUGAAGGUUCCUCAGAGGAGAACCCGGAGAACCGAGAAGAUGAAGGUGAAGAUGUGAAGCCUGAAGCUGCUGGAAGUGAUGAAGAGGAGGAUGAAGAUGAGGAUGAAGAGGAGGAGUUUGGGUCCAGCGAUGAGGAGGUUCUGACCCGAUCAGAUACCCUCAGAGAGAAAGAGCGACGGGGGAGGAAGAGGAAGGUGGAGGAGGAGGCUCCAGAGGCGUUCUACGAAGAUGCGUCUCAGUACGACGAUCAGCUGACCUUCGAAGACAUGAACCUGUCCAGACCCAUCCUGAAGGCCGUCACUGCUCUGGGCUUUAAGCAGCCGACUCCCAUCCAGAAGGCCUGUGUUCCUGUCGGCCUGCUGGGGAGAGACCUGUGUGCCUGUGCUGCUACUGGGACAGGGAAGACGGCAGCCUUCAUGCUUCCAGUGUUGGAGCGUUUGGUCUUUAAGCCCAGGACGUCCCAGGUGACCCGGGUUCUGGUCCUGGUUCCGACCAGAGAGCUGGGGAUCCAGGUCCACUCGGUGGCCCGUCAGCUGGCCCAAUUCACCUCCAUCACCACCUGCCUGGCCGUCGGUGGGCUGGACCUGAAGUCUCAGGAGGCAGCGCUGAGGGCGGGGCCAGAUGUUCUGAUCGCUACACCUGGUCGGCUCAUCGAUCACCUACACAACACGCCCAGCUUUGAGCUGACCCACAUCGAGAUCCUGAUCCUGGACGAGGCUGACAGGAUGCUGGACGAGUACUUUGAAGAGCAGAUGAAGGAGAUCAUCAGGUUGUGCUCAUACAACAGACAGACGAUGCUGUUCUCUGCUACCAUGACAGACGAGGUGAAGGACCUGGCUGCAGUGUCGCUGAAGCAGCCAAUCAGGAUCUUUGUCAACAGCAACACUGAUGUGGCUCCGUUCCUCCGGCAAGAGUUCGUCCGAAUCCGACCUCACAGAGAAGGAGACCGAGAGGCCGUGGUGGCAGCUCUCCUGACCCGGACCUUCCAGGACCACGUCAUGUUGUUCACCCAGACCAGGAAACAGGCUCACCGGCUGCACAUCCUGCUGGGCCUGAUGGGGCUGAAGGUCGGAGAACUUCACGGAGAACUGAGCCAGAACCAGAGACUGGAGAACCUCAGACGUUUUAAAGAUGAACAGAUCGACAUCUUGGUGGCGACGGACGUAGCAGCUCGAGGUUUGGACAUCGACGGAGUUAAAACGGUGAUUAACUUCACCAUGCCGUCCACGGUCAAACACUACGUCCACCGGGUGGGGCGGACGGCCAGAGCUGGCCGGUCGGGGCGGUCGGUGUCUCUGGUGGGAGAAUCUGAGAGGAAGAUGCUGAAGGAGGUGGUGAAGUCAGCCAAGAACAGCGUGAAGGCUCGCGUCCUGCCACCAGAGGUCGUCCUGAAGUUCAGAGAUCUGAUCUCCAAGCUGGAGAAAGACGUGGAAGCUGUGACGAAGCUGGAGAGAGAAGAAAGAGAGCUGGCAGCGUCUGAGGCCAAGUUGAGUGUAGCUCAGAAACGUCUCGAUGGCUCCGCCUCCUGUCAAUCACAGAGAGUCUGGUUUCAGACUCAACAAGAAAGAAAACAAAGUAGAAUGUCCAAGGCUCUGCAGGACUUUGAUCUGGCUCUCAGAGGGAAGAAGAAGAGGCAGAAGUUCCUGAAGGAGGGCAAGAAGAAGGAGCCGACGGCUGAGGAGCGCGCUCAGUUCGAGAUCCUGAAGGCCCAGAUGUUCGCUGAGCGGGCGGCCAAGAGAGAGAGGCGGCCCAAGAGAGCGAGAGCCAUGAUGGAGGAGGAGCCCAGCACAGCAGCCAAUCAGAAAGCAGCAAAAAGAGGCAGGAAGUCGGUGUUUGAUAAAGAGCUGACCAAUACCAGCAGCAAGUCAGUGAGACAGUUCAGAGCUGGACCGUCCUUCUCGGACAGGAAGCGUCUGGGUCUGGACCGGCAGCGUCGUGGCGGUUCCAGGUUCAAGAAGAAGAAGUGAAGAACAUCGUGGAACCAGCAGUUCCUCCACCGGGUCCUCUUCUCCAGUACUGUUUCUGUUUGUUAGUUUCAAAUAAAGUUGUGGUUUCCAUUUAA